AUGAAGUAUCUUGAGUCAUGUGUGAAGACAAGGUACAUUCUCAGAGGUCAAUUGGCAAAAAUUGCACCGUUGGCAAAUGUCAAUAUCCGAGUCAACAUACCUACAGCUAAAGGUUCUUCACAUGACGACUAUGUUGUUGACAAAGACUUACCAUGGUUGAAGAUUGUAAUUGUCCACAACCACUUCAUGUUGAACGAAAGUCUUACAAACCCAUUCUUUGGUAAAAGUAAGUGCAACAUUGUCAGAGCUGUAAACAUUCUUUUCGAGAAAGGUUUGUUGGAACCAAUUCCAGAUGACAAGCUGACAGAAACUUUUGUACCAAAAGACGAAACAAACUUUUCAUUGUUAGCAAGACCAAAAGUUGUUCCAGACAAAGUUCUAGUACAAAAGAAGUACACAGUUCCACAAGGAGUUGGUAUGUUCGGAUACCAACCUGAACCAGAAGAACUUCCAAUGAGGUUGCAAGAACUUCAAGAUGCUAUAAACAAACUUCCAUUGAGACAUCCAAUUGACGUCAAAUUGUAUUGGAGAGCAUCUGAGUUAGGUCAGAAGGUUUUAUAUGAAACAGGUUGCUUCGACGAUGUUUAUGAGAUAACAGGAGAAGUUUCUCAGAAGAUAAGAGACUCACUUGAAUUUCCACAAACUGGACCAAUUGGUUGCGACAAGUUCGACUCAGAUGAAAAGAUAUACUAUGUCGACCUUAACGCUGCAUACAUGAGGUUUGUCCAAUAUAUUCCGACUGGAAUUCCAAACGAAGAUGGUGAGUUCCCGGGAAGGAACUAUACAGUUGGAAAAGUCAUAC